UAACGGCGAACGCACGUGUUUCAAAUUGUUGUGGGAGGGUUUUGCUUUUGAAAUUCGUUUAAAAGGGUUUGUAAUGGAAGUAAACAUUAACAAGUUGCGGCAAAGUGUGCAGCAACUGUUGCAUUUAACUAACGAAGCAAAUGAGAGGACGGAAAACAAAGCGUUCUUGAGUAACUUACAAAAGUUUCUUAAGCAGCAGAGAUACGUAGGACAAGAUGUGGAGCAUCUGUUUAAGAUUCUUAGUGACAACUUGGUGCUUCCAGCCUACACAUUGCCCUUGGCCAGAAGCUUCGAGGAGCAUCUGUUGCUAUUGCUUACCAUGUCUCUGCGGUGUGGGGACCAAUGGAACUCAAAAUAUCAAUUAGAAUGCAUUGCAUUGGCAAAACUAAUGGCCUACUCCAAGGAAGCACAAAGGUUUGCAAAAAGUUAUUUCCACAACAAGCCACCUCCAUUCGAGCCAGAGAAAUCCAUUAGCCAUUCCAUUACAAAUGGAGGGCCAAUUAAGAAAUCCAAACAGAUAAACAGUAAUUCCAUAGAGUGCACAGAAUUGGAGAUUCUCAAAUGCUGCUAUCAGUUGCUGCAAUGUGACACUGUUUACUUUCGAGAACUCUGGAACUGGUCGAGUUUUAUAGCCAACAAUGUUCAGUUGGAUUCACCAUUAAAACAGCUCUAUUCCAAUCACAUUAUAGCCAUGUUAACCAACAUGAGUUCUACACAACUUCAAGAAAUUAAUAACCUGAUCCCUACAUCAGAGCAAUUGCUAUUCGAAGACGAAAUGGAGAAGGAAAGAAAAACUUAUUUAGAAAAAUUGCCUGAACUGCAUACUGUGGACAGUCAAUCAAUAAAAUUGAAGUUAGCCACCCAUGGACAUGUCACCAAUAUUGAAGGAGUUCUUUUGCCUGUUUUCAAUGCGAAAAAUGAGGAAUUUUAUGCCCAAUCAGAUGGAUGCUAUGAUCGCAUUGUUAAAGUUGACUCCACCAUGGUUAAUCUAAGGAGCAUUGCUUUGGGGGUGUCUGCAGCCAAACCCAUUUGCUUAUCUGGUCCUGUUGGUUGUGGAAAGACCACUUUGAUUGAAUAUUUGGCACGCAAAACUGGACGGAUAUGCCCCAAACCCAAGGAAAUUGAGAAUCAUCAAAGUGCUAAACAAGAAGAUGAAUUGUUAAUACCAAAAAAGAAAAUUACAUCAAAAGCCAAAUUGGAGGGCAAAAAAAGAAAACUAAUAGAAGAUGAGGAAAUGCCUAUUAGUCUGGAGAAUUUGCUGGACAUGGGCGAUGCUGCAGUGCAGCAACGCAGAAAUGGAUUCCUACGAAUACAGCUGGGUGAUCAAACUGAUAGUAAAAUGCUGCUGGGCCAAUAUCGCUGUACAGAUGUUCCAGGUGAAUUUGUUUGGCUCCCGGGGGUGUUGACCCAGGCUGUAAUGCAUGGUUACUGGUUGCUUUUAGAGGACUUGGAUGCAGCCACUCAGGAUACAUAUACCAUAUUAAGCAGUCUAUUAGAAAGAAAUUGUCUAAGUGUGCCAGGAUUUCGCGAUUCAGUGAAGAUCGAACCUGGUUUCCAGCUAUUUGUGACCGUGCGAACAAACAAAUCAGCCAGUAAUGCUAGCGGAAAAUCACUUUAUUCACUAUUGGAUAAAUAUUUGUAUACCAUCAACAUUUUGCCACUAUCACGGAAUGAACUAUGCAAAGUGGUUAGCACGAAUUAUCCCAGACUGGCAACUGUUGCCAAUCGCAUAGUAGAUGUCUUUCUUACCUUUUCCAGUGGCAAUCACAUGGCUGCAGAUAAUCUUCGUCAACAGGAGACGAAUGACAGGGCAGAUACCACAGAGCAGUAUGUGGCUCUGCCUUUUGAGCAAGUGGCUUUAUCCACAACAACGAGUGCGAAUUCGGGACGUUUGGUUUCAACUAGAGAUCUCGUGAAAUUGUGUCAACGUUCCAAUCCCCAGUUCUCAGUCACCAGUUCGGAAUGCGCCUACUUUGUCUUUCAAAAUGCUGUUGAUGUCUUUUGCUCAUAUCUCCCACAGAGCAAGGAUAAGGUUAAGCUGAUUACCAGCAUUGGAGCAAAGUUGGGAAUUAUACGCUCACGUUGCGAACAUUUCGCCAAUGAAUAUAAACCAGAGAUUGAGUUUGGAAAAGAGCAUAUUAAAAUUGGACGUGCGGCUCUUCUGCAGGUAAAGACAGAUGAAGAAGAGAAUAAAGAUCGUUUACGCGAUGGUGGCGCAGAUAUAAAGAGACAAAAAUUGGGACAACAGGCCAAGAAGGCUUUGGCCAAGCCGACAGGAUCGAAAAAGGCCACGUUUUCGUUUACACGCCUGGCCAGCUGCAUAUUGGAACGCAUUGCUGUUUGUGUUAGUCACUCUGAACCCGUGCUCUUGGUGGGCGAAACAGGAGUGGGCAAAACCUCAUCGGUGCAGUAUUUGGCUGAGAGGACGGAACAUAAAUUAAUUGUAAUCAAUAUGAACAAUCAAUCUGAUGUCUCCGAUUUGGUUGGCGGCUUUAAACCUGUCGAGCUCAACUACGUUUUGGCUCCUUUACGCUAUGAAUUUGAGCAUUUAGUCUGCGAUACUUUUAAUGCUGAGAAAAACGCACAUUUCUUGCAAAUCUUUGCCACACACUUUAAUAAUGGACGCCAUAAUGUCAUCAUACGUUCCAUGCUGAAUAUAUGCAAAACCAUAUUUAAGGAGCAAAAGGUCCAGAAGAAUUUGCUACCACGUUGGGAGACAUUGAGAGAUAAAGUGCAGAAGCUAUACACGCAAAUAGAAAAAAAAAUAAAUAUCUCGUUUGCUUUUAUACCCGGCUCCUUGGUGAAUUGCAUCAGUAAUGGCGAUUGGGUUCUACUUGAUGAGAUAAAUUUGGCCUCUGCCGAGACUUUGGAAUGUCUCUCGACCAUAUUGGAGCCAGAGGGUUCGGUUGUCUUGCUGGAACGUGGUGAUUUUACUCCUGUCAAGCGUCAUCCAGAUUUCCGGAUUUUUGCCUGCAUGAAUCCAAACACUGAUAUUGGCAAAAAGGAUUUACCAGUGGGCAUACGCAAUCGUUUCACUGAAUUCUUUGUUGAUGAGUUGACUACAGAUGCGGAUUUGAGCCUUUUGGUUGGUGAUUAUUUGGCCAAUACGGGAAUACAACGAAAGUCUGUGCAUAGCAUUGUUCAGUUAUACAAGAAUUUGCGUCGUCUGUCGGCUCUCCAGCUCAAUGAUGGCCUGGGCAAUCGUCCUGUCUACUCGCUGCGUACUUUGUGCCGCAGCUUAAGCAUUUGCGCUAGAAAUUUAUGCGGUUCCAUUGAGAGGAAUUUGUAUGAGAGCUUCUGUCUAAGUUUUCUUACUCAAUUGGAUCCCGAAUCGCAUCAGUUGGUUCUUCUACUGAUACGUGAUGCCUUGCUAAGCAACGCUAAGACUGUACUGAGUAGAGAUUUGCCCUGUCUGGGUAAUAAUUAUCUCCAAUUCGAGGGCUAUUGGAUACAAAGUGGCAAUUUGGAAGUGCAGUCUUGUGACCAUUACAUCUUAACCGAGAGUGUUAGCAAGAAUCUAAAGGAUCUGGCACGUAUCAUAUCAAUUGGCAAGUUGCCAAUCUUACUGCAGGGACCAACAAGUGCUGGCAAAACCAGUUUAAUUGAUUAUGUGGCUCGUCGUUCGGGUAACCGCUGCUUAAGGAUCAAUAAUCAUGAGCACACAGACUUGCAGGAAUACAUUGGAACAUAUGCAGCUGAUUUAAAUGGUAAACUGACCUUUAAAGAGGGAGUUCUAGUCCAGGCCAUGCGUCAUGGAUUUUGGAUUAUUUUGGAUGAACUGAAUCUGGCUUCUACUGACAUCUUGGAAGCCCUAAAUCGUGUACUCGAUGAUAAUCGGGAGCUUUAUAUAGCUGAGACUCAAACACUUGUCAAGGCUCAUCCGAAUUUCAUGCUCUUUGCCACCCAAAAUCCUCCAGGACUCUACGGUGGUCGCAAAACCCUGUCGCGUGCCUUCAAAAAUCGUUUUAUUGAACUGCAUUUUGCGGACAUUCCACGUAAUGAACUGGAAAUCAUUUUAGAGAAGCGAUGUCUUAUACCCAUGUCGUAUGCCAAGAAGAUGGUUCAAUGUAUGUCCCAGUUGCAGAAGCAUCGAAAGACUACCUCAAAGCAGGUCUUUACUUUGCGUGAUCUUUUCCGUUGGGGCAAUCGCUAUACACAUGCAGAUAAAACCCUCUUGGAGGAUGGCAAAUAUGACUGGAAUCAGCAUCUUGUAGAGGAAGGCUACCUGGUUCUAUCUGCCAAAGUCCGAACUUCGGACGAACUUCGUUUGAUUGAGGAUACGCUUUAUAAUAAUUUCCGUAAACGACUGGACUUGGAGCUGCUUUUCGAUAUCCAAACGAAUCGUGCGAGUUCCCAGGUGAGUCGUCGCAUCUUGGAGGCCAUAAGAAACUUCAAAAUGCGUUCGGAUAUUGUCUGGACAAGGAAUAUGACCCGAAUGGCUGUGCUGACAGCCAAGGCCUUAGAAUUCGAUGAACCUGUCUUGCUAGUUGGUCCCACUGGCUGUGGUAAGACCACAGUGUGCCAACUCCUGGCCAGUAUUGCUAACACCCAACUGCGAAUACUUAAUUGUCAUAUGCACACGGAGGGAGCAGAUUUUCUUGGCGGACUACGGCCAUGUCGUGGCCAAUCGACUAAUAGUAGCCAGCUUUUCGAAUGGGCAGAUGGUCCUUUGAUCUAUGCCAUGCAGGAGGGUUCCUAUUUCAUGGCCGAUGAAAUCUCCCUAGCCGAAGAUUCUGUUUUGGAGCGACUCAAUUGUAUUUUGGAACCAGAACGUAGUGUAUUACUAGCCGAAAAGGGUGGAGUAACAGAGUUGGAUCUUAAUCCGGACUUUUUGGUCAAAGCCAAUUCUGGAUUUCAAUUUCUGGCGACAAUGAAUCCAGGUGGAGAUUUUGGUAAAAAAGAACUAUCGCCAGCUCUGCGAAAUCGUUUCACUGAAAUCUGGUGUCUGCCCUCAGACAAUAAGGAGGAUCUUGUCGAGAUUGCCCACAACUGUAUGCAACGUAAGGAGCGAAACUCCAAUUACGGCAAAGAUACUCAUAAGGUGGCUGAGUUCCUAGUGGAAAUUGUUCUCUACAUACGUCAGUGUAAUGAGAAAUUCCGGUUUUCAGUACGUGAUAUCUUGGCCUGGGCCAACUAUAUGGUCAUCAAUGGUCAUCUCAGUUUUGCUGAGCAGGCCAUCUUUGGAUUGGAGACAAUAUUUCUAGAUGCUUUGGAAAUGCUGCCCCACGAAUCGCAAACAAUGAUCGAACAACUAAAAUCCAAAAUUAUUGGGGAGGCAAUUCGUCAAUCUUCCAUUAUACUUGGAGAGCAAUUUACUUUGGAUGAUGUGGCGCAAAAGCGAGGAAAAGAAGUUAAAUUAGAUGAUGUCAAUUUUGGUCUUAGUCCCUUUUUUAUACCAGUCAAUCAGGAUCGCACGUUGCCUGCCAAAAAGGAUUUCUUUUUCGAUGCACCUACAACAAAACAAAAUCUAUUCCGUGUGCUGUCGGCUCUGUCCCUACACAAACCAGUCCUACUUGAGGGUCCUCCAGGUGUAGGCAAAACCUCCAUUGUGGAAAGCAUUGCUGCUGCCAUUGGCUAUCAGAUUGUGCGUAUUAAUCUGUGUGAGCACACCGAUCUGGCAGAUCUUUUUGGUACUGAUUUACCGGCUGAAGAUAAUCUUCUAGAGGAGACCAAUAGUAAUCAUCAUAUUGGCAGUUUUAUAUGGCGAGAUGGUCCUCUUUUGGCAGCCCUGAAAACUCAAAACACUUGGAUUCUAUUGGACGAACUGAAUCUGGCCCCUCAAUCAGUUUUGGAGGGUCUCAAUGCAGUGCUUGAUCAUCGCGGUGAGGUUUAUAUACCAGAAUUGAACAAAAGCUUCCAUUUGGAUGGAUCAACCCGCAUCUUUGCCUGUCAAAAUCCGCUCAAGCAAGGUGGAGGACGUAAGGGUCUACCACAAUCUUUCCUCAAUCGUUUCAAUAAGGUUUAUCUACGUAAAUUGACAACCGAGGAUCUGCUUCAUGUGGUGAAUGUCAAGUAUGGCGCUUACUUUGAUGACCUAAGCCAUCACUUCCAAAAACUUCUGGCAAGGGAUGGCGAAAAGGAGAUCAGCUAUGGCAAUCCUUUUGAUAUAUACUCAGGAAAAGAAAGUGACUCCACAUCCACAAACUUUGAUCUUGCUAAACGUUUAGUUAAUUUCUCAGAGCUAUUGGACCGUGGUGUGGCCACCAUGGAAUUUGGCUAUAGAGGAGGUCCUUUUGAAUUUAAUUUGCGAGAUAUUCUCAGAUGGUGUGAUCUUCUCCACAAUCCAGAGACUGGCUACAUACAAUCGACCAGUUUCACGUUCCACAAAGCCUUCCAUAAUUUUCUACUUACUCUAUACGAGAGGAUGCAGUUGGUCUACUAUCAGCGUAUGCGAUGUGAUCAGGAUAAAAUCUUUAUUCGCAAUGCAUUUGCCAAUGUUUUUCAAUGUAAUUCGGAGCAAUUGAAUGAUCUAUCUGAAGAUGUGGCACUCUAUUGGACAACUGAUAAAAUCUAUCUCAAUGAUGUGGUACUAGAGAGAUGUCACAGGUCCCAAGAGGAGCAAACACAGGAUAAGCAAGCAGGACAAGCUCCGCUUCUAUUGGAUACUCAAAGACAGCUGCUCAAACAAUGUGUGGAAGCUGUCCAUAUGGAGAAACCUCUGCUAUUGUGUGGCGGCGGCGACAGUGGCAAAACCAAACUGAUUGAUGCCCUUUGCAGUCUCAGCAAUUGCGUGUGUCAAACAGAUACCAUUGAUGACUCGGUAACGGGAAGUUUUCAACAGAUCGAUCUCAAUCGUCAUUUGGAGGUCGUUUACAGGCAAGUGGAACUUUUAGUUUUCUCAACAGUACAAAAAGCCUUUCUUCAAAAGACAUCAAGUGAAUUUGUUGAACAAUUGUGGAGCAAAUGGAGCAUAUAUAAACAGGUGUCCAGAAGCACAACAGAGUCCCAACAACACUCUGUGGCAGAAGAACUGGUACUCUUUAGCCGACGUCUGAAUACUCUCAGUCACAUCAUUGACAAGUUGAAGGAGACACCAGAUAGUUGUCGCAAGGAAAAUUUCCCUCAAUGGUUGUCCCAACAAACGCAUCAACUAAAGUUACUACAAACGUAUGUAAAAUCUGCCGAUUCUCUUAACACAGGAGGAUCAUUUGAAUGGGUAGAUUCACGCAUUGUUACGGCAUUGAAAUGCGGUCAAUAUAUAUUGCUGGAGCAUGUGAAUCUCUGCUCCUCAGCCGUGUUGGAUCGUUUGAAUCCAGUGUUUGAGCCCAAUGGCAGCUUGCUAAUAGCAGAGAAAGGUAUCAGUGCUCAAGACAGUGCCGAAGUGGUAUACAAAUCACCCGAUUUUAGAGCUUUCCUGACCAUUGAUCCCAAGAAUGGAGAAUUAUCACGUGCCAUGCGAAAUCGUUGUGUGGAGUUGUCUAUCAAUAGAGACUCUUAUAGUGUGGACGAUAUGCGAGCAUUUGUUUAUGGUCAGGGAGUAUUCAAUCCGGAAGCAAUCGAUUGCAUUCUACAGAUUCAUAGCCAUAUUUGUGGAUUAACUGAGGGAUUUAAUGGUUAUUCCAUUUCCCAUCUCAUACAAUGCGCUUUCCUGAGUGCCGCCUACAAAAGCAUUGGUUAUGAUCUCAAACGGGCCAUCUAUGUGGCUGCCAUGGAGGUUUAUGUCUAUGCCGCCAGCACGGAUCUAAUGGGAUAUGGUUUGCCGUAUUAUCAAAACAAAUUACGUGAAAUUGUUUUGGCUGAGACGGAACAAUAUCAUGGAAAGGAGGAUGGAAAUGUGGAGAAUCAUUUGGAUGAUGUCAUACUUACUACAGAUAACCUUACAUCAUUGGCAAUGAUCAAAUUGCAAGCCUCCGCCUUGAGAAUAUUACUAACAAAUGCGUCAGAUUAUCAGCAUCAACUUGGUCAAGUUUUUAACCAGAUGAACGAGCUCAAUUUCCAAGAUAUUGAUUUACCGAAACUUUGUAAAUAUUUCCUAUUAAUGCUGUACGAUGCAUCAUCUGUUAAGGAUUUGGAAAUGAGAUAUCUGUACCUGAAACCAUGGCUCGAUUCGGAACAGCAAAACUUCUCAAAGUCUCUCUAUGAUUAUCUACGGCAACAAAAGUCCAGUGGGUCUCUCACAAAUUUGCCAUGGAACCGCAAAUUAUUUCCACGAUUACGUGACUAUGCCUUGAGUAGACAGUUGGAUAAUUUCAAUGAAUUAUCCAUUAGCUUGUCAUUGCUUGCUCGCCUAUUAAUCCAAGAUAUACCCAUCAGACCAUUGGCCAAACUUCAGAACUUGGAUGCUCUUCAAUACUCACAGGCUCUACGAAAUAAAAAUAUAACCGAGAAGUAUAGCAAUGAUUUCUUAGCAAAUCUAGCCAAUUUUCUGGACCAUUUAAAUAAAAGUUUGCUGGACCAAUUGGAAUUUGUUGAGCCAUUGAAUUUGCCACUGUAUGCCGAGUUUGUGACCAAAUAUCUUUGGUUCAAUCGUUUGGUUGUCAUUUCACAAGAAAAAUUGCUUCAACAGAACAAUGAACUCUAUGUACCACUAAUGCAUAAACUAGUCUUGCAUUUCCAGUGGCUGAAUAAACAUUUGUUGUCCAAAAUCAAUGUGAAACCUAAAAUACAGGCUCUACUAGAAAGGAUGCAGCAAUAUGUUGUGGAGACAAGACGUCCUCUAAAUGUUACCAGCAAAAUUUAUGCCAAACAAUUUACACAAUUUCAACCCUAUUAUUGUAUUGAGCAAAUUGAGAUUCAUAAUCAAUUGGAGCAACUGCAGCAGCUGCUUGGAGUGGUACCCAAAUAUGGCAGCAUGGAAUUGUCACUUUGGUCCCGAAAAUGGUUAGCUCUCCAAUCGGAUGAGGCGCACAAAUGGCGGGCAUUUUUAAGAAUCAAUACCGAUAAAUUUCACUUAAAAUCAUUUGAUUUGAAUCUGAAUACCGUGUCGUUUGAAGAAUCUUUGCAAAAGUCUCUGCAGAAUUUGCAAAUAUUAUUAACAGAAGAAUCAAAUCAGGAGAAAAUUUCUGCUAAUAUUGACUUGGAUUUGGAUAAACUGAAAAGUUCUAUCACCAAUGAAGAAGACAGUGAGGAUUAUGUUCAUCCAGAGGCAAACAAACUCAAGUCGCAUCAUUUAUUAUUGGCCGCUUUGAGGGAAUACUUUAUGGAACGGGUCUUGAGCGAUUCUUCUAAUGUGAACUUUAAUCAACAAGUGAAUCCUUUGUAUGCUGAACAACUAAUUACCGCAAAUGGACCUCUUUGGCAAUGUCUUAACUCACUAGAAAGUUCCAGUCAUGCAGCCAUCAUACGUUUAUGGCAAGAUUUGGCCAAUUUAGAUGAUUUGCCUUUGCAACUGAGAAACCUAUACAAAGCAAUUCGAACAUAUCAGCGGCAAUAUCGUAAUGCCCUCCAAUGUUAUCAAAUGGAGAAUCUGGCAACACGUCUCGACUGUGUUCAUGGUAACCUGGAGGAAGAUCUUGAUAGUCGUUAUAAGUACCAGGGACCAGGACUGGUUAAUCUCUUGCUAACACUCAUUUGUCAUCCCAGUGGGCAAUUGCUAUCGGUUCCUCUUAAUGAGUUAAGAGAUUGGCGUUCAUCUUUGCAGGAGACAAGACAAUUAAUUUGGCAGAAUUCACAUUUAACCAAUAGCCAACAUAGCAAGGAUUCGAGUCAUAAUCAUAUAGCCAAAGAGAAUGCCCAGCAACUGAUUAAAGAAUUGGAAUUGGUGGCUCAUCAGCAAACGCAGAAGGAGACCAGUUUAGUGGGCUAUCAGAGCUGUCUAAACGAGCUCAAAGAUUUGCUAGAGAAGUUAACAAGUCAAGAGAAUGACUCUCUAAUCGUAUCAUUUGAUUCGGCGCUCAUUAACACUUUGGUUGGCGUUUUGGAGUUAAGUGUACUUAGUCAUGCACCUCUCAUUGAUCCCGUGGAGAAGAAUCGUCUUAAGAAUCAAUAUGUAGCCGAGGAUAUUGAUUGUCUAACACAUUUGAGUACUGUCUAUGAUUGCAUGAAGAUCAUUAUGAAAUAUAAGCACUUUGGACAUGAGAUCUAUGAUGAACUCCAAUUGAAACUUCAGGCAGCGCGUCAACAUCAACAGCAGCUUUCUCAGAAAGUGGCCCUACGUCCAGAGCAAUGUCUGUAUGCCAAUCUAGUCCAGGACUUGACCCACUUCUUGCACUCCAAUGGCGAUUGUACAAUGAUCCACAAACUUAUCAAGACGUUACGUGUAGAAUGGCAGGCAUUCAUUGGACCACAAGUGGCCACCAAGACGCAAUUAAAGUCCAGUUUAGAAACUCUGAAUAAGAUUGAACUUUGGCUGGCCAAUGCCCAAAGAUUUGUCCAUCACACACUAUCCCGUUAUGAUGCUUACUAUCAGGAUUUCGUUUUGCCGCUGAAGUGUGCUGUCAAUCAAAUGCGUUAUGGAUUGGAACAGGUAAAGGUACUUAUCACACGGCUCCAUCAGGCUGGCGGAAGCUUAAACGAAUCGGGAAAACUUCACCAAACUCUUACGGAAAUCGUACAAUUUCCAACAUCUCCAUUGACCAUACGCAGUCCGCAUCUCUAUGGAUUACUAGCCCAAUUGCCGCACAGUGAACACGAAUAUUUCCGCCUGCUCAAGGUAAAAUUGAGUGAGCUAAGCAACUCAAUAACCAUAGCAACAUCCAUAGAUGAAUGUAGUUUCGUAAGCUAUGAUGAUACCCUAACCAUUUGCAAUCAAAUCUGGGAAAAGGAAGAGGAACGUCGCUGUAAAGAGCGUGCCGAGGCCGAGAGCUUGUAUGUAACCAAAACGAAAGGAGGCAUAGAAGAUGAGGAACUGGUGGAACUAAGAGAAAUUGAACAGAUUUUCCCUACCAAUUUGGAUGAGGAUUUUGCCGAAUUCGCUGCGGCAGCACAACCCUCAUUGGAGCAGGUUUUAAAGCUCGACAAAAAGGAUGCUAAAGCCAAUCAAAAGUCUCAGAUAGUCAAUGAACAAGAUUAUGCGUUUUUGGCUCACAAUUUCAUCGAGUUAAUGACCAAAUAUACUUCAGUCUACUAUAAAGAGCAAUUGAAGACCAAAUCUGGAGGAGAUUUGCAAUUGCUUGAACCCUAUCAGUCACGCCUUAAGGUUUUUACCCAAUUGCAUGGUCAUUUCAAAGCAGCUUUGGGUUCUCAAUUAGAUGGGUUGUCCGUUAAUGGUUUGGCUUUCGGUUUGGCCUUACAACAGCGUCAAUUGGAUGACUUGGACUUGGAGGAUAAUCCACAAGGAAAGUCUAAGAUUUAUGACUACUACAAGGAUAGUAACAUAAACGAACUGCAAGAUUGCCUCAGCGUCUUGGACCGCAUAGAAAAGCGAGUGUUGGAGCAAUUGGAGCUCUAUCCAGAGCAUGCUGGAUUGGCCGAUAUUAAACUGGUCAUCUUCCGAAUACGUCAAUUGCCGGCACAUGCCUCCGUGGUUCGUUUUAACACUGGUUUCCAGUUGCUCCGCCAGAAAUUGGCCCUCUGGAACGAAGUGGCUCAUAAAAACAACAAUCUGGUGGCCGAAGAAACCGAGGUGGCUGAAUUCGUUCAGCGCUGGACCAAAUUGGAGUUGCAACAUUGGCGCAAUUCCCUGAACGGGCAGCAGGAUCAGGUGGAUCAGCAAGCCUAUCGUUAUUGGUUCUUUAUCUAUAAUCUCCUCCAGCAAUUCAUCCAGCAAAAGCAACUCAAUCAAUCCUAUACAGACAUCAAGUAUGCUGAACAACGUUUUGGCCAGGAGCAAUUACUGGAUGCCCAGGAUUUGGGCGAAGAACGCAAAGUGGACUUACCACAAAUUAUUAGCAUAUUGCGUCAAUUUGUGGAAUCUUCGAGCUACGGUGACUUCCAUAUACGCCUGCAGCUGCUCCACAGUUUUGAAAUGUAUCUCCAUAAUGUCGAUAGAGCGGGCAAGAUUCAGGGAUUGGCCCCAUUGAUAGCUGCCCUCAACAAUUUGCAGCUUUAUUUCAGUCAAUUUGCCAACGAUGUCAACGAUACUUGCAAGGCUCGCCGCGCACCCAUUGAAAAGAAACUGCGUGAAUUUGUCAAGAUUCAGAGCUACAACAAGGACUUGAGUUACUUUAGCAUGCGCAACAAUGUGGCCACGGUGCAUCGCAAUCUCAACAAGUUCCUCAAAGAGUAUCGUCUUGUGCUUCAGCAGAAGAUUAGCGCAGAGGUAUUCCAACCCAAGGAUGCCACGGCUCGGGAUUAUAAUUUCGGCAGCGACAAGGGUGGCAAGAGUCUAAGGCAUUACAACAAGAUGAAAUAUAUCCAAAUGGAUCGUCAACUAUUUGUGGCCAGUGAAAAGUUAAUACUGAAGUAUCCUUCUCCCAAUUCGUCCGAGAAUGGUGAGGAAAAUGCACUUCUCCAGCGUCUGGGAAAGCAUUUCAAGACCGCACGCAAUAUAGUCAAAGAGACUCUCUCAAAUGUUCCCUAUGGCGAACUGAUCAAUGCUUUGGAUGAACUAUUGGCCUCGCAAUUGGAACGCUGUGAGCAUUUGCGCAACCUCAAUGUGGAUCGCAGCAAGGAGCGUGCCCAACAAAAAGUGGAAGCCAAACAAAUACUUCAACAGAAACGUAAGGCUCUGACAGAUCUCUUCAAGACUCUGCACCGACUGGGUGUAAACUACAAGACGGGAUUAUUGGAGUUAUCCCUACGACCCACAGAACUGGUAGACUUCCAGUUGGCACCAUUCUGCAUUAAAGCCAUGUUGCCACGUCUGCAUCCAAAUGCCCUGCAAUUGAACGAACACUUGGAUCUGUAUUAUAUGAAGAGUGUCUUCAAAUUGAAGUUGCUGCAGAAUAUAAUGUUGACUCCACUCUCAGAACUCGGACCACCCAAUAUAGAGCGCAUCAAGGGCUUUGCCAUCGACUUGUUCCUUUUGGUGCAGCAGCAGCGUCAGCAUUUGUCCCAAAGUACCAAACAGCUGUACGAAUUGCGUCAAUCUUUGAGUCAAGUCCAUCAAAUAGCUGAUAUUGUGACACCAAAGGAGGAGGAAUCAUCCGAGAUGUCUAACUCCCUGAAUUUCUCAGCUCAAACAGAUUUCUGCUGUGAUCUUAAGGAAAACCUGUGCCGCAUUUACUAUGUCUUUAGGCAAUGGAAAUUGUUACUGACUUGUGCUCCUCCAGCCAUCCAGCAAAGGGAACGGGAGGCCAAUGUGGCCCUUAAAGAAACUCUUCUGUUGCCACAAACAGAACUAUUAGAUAUCUGUGAUCAAAUUCUCAAAUCCAGUCAAUUGCAGCUAAGUGAAUUGAAUCGUUCUAGAAUUGAGUUCCCAUCGAGUCAACAAAUCAGCCAUUAUCAGAAGGAUUAUCAGCAAAUCUUGAGCCGCAUAGAAAAAGCAGUGACUCUUCUUCGCAUUGAUUCAGAUGAGUAUUUGCCAUUGGCCCAGCCUUUGUUGGAGCUUUUGGAGCAGCUGAAGGUAAGUAAAAUUGCCUUACCAACUCCCCAUGAAGACAUUGAUUUGGCCAAUGUGGAUACUGAAAUGGCCAACAUAGCUCAUGCAGUGUUAAUGGCUCUGGAGAAAAUCUACAAGCAGCACAGCAAGUCUGUAGAGGAAAAGAAGGGGGAUGAGGAAUUGGAAUCAAGUGAAUCUGUGCAGGAUCAACAUUUGAAGCAACAUUUAAAUAAGGAAUUGAACUCGGAUUGGCAGCUAUUGAAUAUGCCAAAAAUCUUGACUAAGUUGACCAAUGUUUUGCUAGUCCUAAAGCAUGCCCAUCAAAUUAAGGAGGGAGAGAAAUUGUUGUGCCUGCAACGACUGGUGGCCCUCUUGCCCAUCCUUGAGCAGUAUCAGCUGUUGGCCGAUUAUCUACUGCUCCAACAAUUAAGCACGCACAAAGUAUCCGCCAAAAUGUUGUCUAUUAUAUUGACAGUUUUUGUCGAAAUUGGCAGCAAGGGCUUCUGUGUGCCACCCGAUCUAAUGCAAGAUGAGGAUGAGGGUCAAUCGAAACAAGAUUCGAAAAAUGGCGAGGGUUUCGGCUUGGAAGAUGGCACUGGAGAAAACGAUGCCUCAGAUAAAAUUGAGUCGGAGGAUCAAUUGGAUGAUGCCAAGCGACCAGAGGAUCGAAAAGAUGAUGGCGACAAGCAGGAACCCGAUUGCAAGGAAGAAAAGGGCAUUGAAAUGAGUGAUGAUUUUGAUGCUAAGAUGCAGGACGUUGAGAAGCCGGAAAAGGAGGAGGAUGACAGUGGAGAGUCCGAGGAGGAAGAGGAACUUAAUAAGGAAAUGGGCGAUACGGAAGAAGGUGCUGAAAAACUAGAUGAUCAGAUCUGGGGCGACGACGAAGAGAAACCCGAAGAGGAAGAGGAUCAAGAUAUGAACGAAGAGGAUCAGGGCAAGGGUAGCAAGGAUGAGAAGGACAAUCAUAAUGAUCUGGACGCCAAGAACGAUGCUGCCAAAGAGGAUGGCAAAGAUGAACAUGAAAAAGAUGGUCUGGACGCCACAAAUGAGCCUAAUUCCGAGGACAAACGCAAGGAGCAGGCCAAGGAUAUCGAUGAUAUGAAGGAACCAGAAAUGGACGAAGAGCAAACCAAUGCCAUGCAUAAUGACCUGGAAGAGCCACCAGAACCCGAGGAAAUGGAUUUGGGUGAUAUGAACAAUCUGGACGAGGGUCACGAAGACGAAGAUCAACAGCCAACUGAUGACAAUCCAUUUGAUAUUGAUACGAUGAAAGAAAAUAUGCAAGAUCCAGAGGAGGCCCAAGAGGAGCCCAAGGAACAGCAAACCGAUCAGCCUCAGUCCGAUCAAAGUGACUCUGAAGAGGAGGGAGAAGCAGGGCAAGAUCAAGAGCCAACUACAAGCGGCCAGGAUGACGAAGUACAAGAUCCUACACCCGAUGAAACCCAAACCGAGGAGCCAGAGACCCAAAAACGGGGGGAAAUUGACGAGGACAAAGAAGAAGACGAGGAUCAAGAGGGAGAUCAAGAAAAGCGCGAAGAGAAACCGGAGCAGUUUGCCCAGUCGAAAGACAAGUCCAGCAAAGAGGAAAAUGUUCAAUCCGUGCCCGAAACCGAAAAGAAUAGCUCAGUCGAUCAAGUGCAACAGCAGGACGAAGAUAUUAAACAGGAUCAAAAACUAGAUGAACAGGACACAGGCGAAGAGAAGGAUGGCGUUGGACAAGCAGAAAAUGAUGACAAUGAGGGUGGACAUCAAGGUGUCGCUGAGACCAAAGAAACUGUGUCCCAGGAAGAGCGCAAGAAUGAAAAGCAGACACAAGAAAAGCGCAAACAAGGACAAACCAAUGAGGAACGAUCCCUUGGUGAAGCCGAGAAAAAUAAAUUGAAACAGCUCAAGACCAUUGACCAAAUGAAAGCAGACAAUCAACCCGACGAAUCCGACAAACAGGAGCCUGAUGAACCGGAUGCCACCGAAGCAGAGGAGUAUCAGCAUGUUAAAGAUCCGAAGAAUAGCGACAAGACCACCUUAGACAAUGCCACUGAGGAGCAAUCAAAGAAAAUUCAGCAUCAAGAAGAUGAACCAAACGAUGAAGAUAAUCCAGAAAUUGAAAAUGCUGAUGAAUUAAUGGCAGAGGACGAGGAAGCAGCAGCUAAACCAGAGGAAGACCCACAGCUCGAACAGUUAAGCUCUGAGAAGACAGAACAAAAAUCAGAUAAACCUUCGAAGAGUGAAAAAUCCAAAGAGCAUGUGGAUACACCAGAAGGAAUGGAGAUCGAAGGUGAAGUAGUGCCUACAAUGACUGUGCCACGAAAUGCAGAGACGACUGCCCACAGCAACAUGGAAUUACUUUUGGAUAAGAGCACUCAAGCCGAAGAUCUAAGUACAGCUGAACAAAUUGAAUUACGUCAAAUGUAUCAACAACAAUUGACAACGGCAAAUGCUACGUUGCCCCAGCACGAUGAUUAUGACAGCUGGCAAGGGAUCUCCAAUCGUAUGACGCAGAAUGCUCGAGAGCUCUGUGAACAACUGCGUCUUAUAUUGGAGCCAACGAAAUGUACCCGUCUCAAGGGUGACUAUCGCACAGGACGACGCAUCAAUAUGAAGAAGAUUAUACCCUACAUAGCCUCACAGUUCCGAAAAGAUAAAAUCUGGCUGCGUCGCACAAAACCCGCUCAACGUGACUACAAAAUUACCAUUGCCAUUGACGACUCCAAGUCCAUGCAUCAUAAUAACUCCAAGACACUUACUCUGGAGGCCAUUUCUUUGGUGUCUCAGGCUUUAACACUGCUGGAAAGUGGGCGUCUGAGUAUAGUAUCCUUCGGAGAAUCUCCUAACAUCAUCCUAAAUCACACGGAGCAAUUCGAUGGUCCACGUUUGGUUAGUGCUAUGAACUUUGCCCAGGAUAAGACCAAAAUUGCCGGUUUGCUGGACUUUAUACGCACGGUCAACACGGAGGAGAGUGGACUGGGCGGCGAUAAUGGUUUGUUUGAGAAUUUAUUGCUGAUAUUGAGCGAUGGCCGGAACAUAUUCAGCGAGGGCAGUCAGAAGGUGAAGAAUGCCAUUAAAUUGGCGCGCUUACAGCGCAUAUUUCUGGUUUACAUUAUCAUAGAUAAUCCCGAUAAUAAGAACUCGAUACUUGACAUUCAGCAUGUGGAAGUGAAUGCCGAUGGUUCGGUUAACAUUAAUUCCUAUUUGGACAGUUUUCCAUUUCCCUAUUAUGUGAUCGUCAGAGACUUGAAUCAAUUGCCCUUGGUGUUAAGUGAAGCCAUGAGGCAAUGGUUCGAGCUGGUCAACAGCGAAUAGGCAAAUUAUAU